AUAAUUUUCACCUCAUACAACAAGCUAAUGUUUAACUCUUUAAUUAUUUUUUCACACCCAGACGUGAGGUCCGCAGUUAGAUACUUGGCAAUUAUCAUUGAAGUGAUUGGGCACCGUCUUUGAGGCCAGUAUCCAAUUCCUAUAAUACAUCCAUGCAGUAGACCUUUUUCAUAGCAGACAUUUUGACUUGUCAAAGCAGGUAAAACACAGGUGUAAAUAAUAACAUUAAUGAUGGCAAGUGUCCCAGUAAGCUGUAUCAUUGAGUGUGUAUAUUUAACCUGAUGGUCACAAAAGCAUGGUAACAUACAGCAUGUUUUCUGCCUCUAAAAACAGGAGGAUAGAGGUUAAGGGCCCAUGAAACCCAAAAGGACAGUGAGGGGCUGGACUGUCAAAUCACAUCUGGUCACAGCAGAGACAGAGAUGGAUUUACCUUCUCGACCAGAAGUGUUUGAUUUCCAUGGAGUCUCAAUGACCCACUAUUUCACAGACAACUGGGAGAACAUCCAAAACUUUCAGGCCAGGCCAGACGAUAUACUUAUCGCAACAUACCCCAAAGCAGGAACCACCUGGGUCUCCAACAUCCUUGACCAGCUGUAUUUUGGUCAGACAUCUCCAGAGCGUCAGACAUCCAUUCCUCUCUAUGCGAGAGUGCCUAACUUGGAGAUCACCAUCCCUUCUCUGCAGCCAGGAUCAGGGCCUUUUUCAACCGCAUAUAAAGGAACAGACAUGGUGGACAAGCUCCCCACCUCUCCUCGACUCAUUAAGACUCAUCUUCCAGUCCAGUUUGUGCCAAAGUCCUUUUGGGAGCAAAAGUGCAGGAUAGUCUACGUGGCCUGCAAUGCCAAAGACAACGUGGUCUCUUAUUUUCACUUUGAUCGCAUGCUGUUUCUCCAGCCAGAGCCUGGAGACUGGAGCAGCUACCUCCUCAGAUUCAUGGAGGGAAAGAUGGUGUUUGGAUCCUGGUAUGACCACGUGAACGGCUGGUGGAAAAAGAAGCAGACUUAUUCAAAACUCCAUUACAUGUUCUACGAAGAUCUGAUUGAGGAUACUGGACGGGAAAUAGACAGACUUUGCUGCUUUCUUGGUUUGUCUCCUUCAAUCGAGGAGAAAGAAAGAAUUACAGGCAGAGUGCAGUUUGAUUGUAUGAAAAGGGACAACAUGGUCAACCAUUCAACAUUCCCAGGAAUGGAUUUCAAAAUGUCUUCCUUCAUGAGGAAAGGGAAGGUUGGUGACUGGAAGAACCAUUUCACUGUGGCCCAGAGUGAACAGUUUGAUGAAGACUACAAGAAAAUGAUGAAGAAUCCUACACUACAGUUUCGUACUGAAAUUUAGAGGCCUGGCCCGGCUGUGCAUAACCAAGAGUCCUGAACUGAUAUAAUAUAUAAUAAUACAUAAUAAUGUUGAUGUAACUGAGUCCAAUGUUAAAUCUUUAUUGACAAGAAUAUUGUCUCAGUGCGGGACAUUUUUCCUUAAAAAAAAAAAGAAAAAUUAGAAAAAUGUCCCGCACUGUCGACUGAUGAUAAAAAAUCAUCAAAAAAUUGCACACAGAAUAAGUAGCAAAAAUCAAAGCUAUGUUUAAGAAUCUGAAUUAUUUUACUAGUUAAAGGAGAUUAAUUAGAUGGAAGUGUAUUUACUUAAUUUACAUUUAUGUUGUACAUCACAUUUGCACUCACUAACAGUCUCUUGGAAAAAAUAUCAGUGUAUAUU